ACAGUUAUGUCAAAAUUUUCACCUGUCACAUUACUUCCUUUUUUAGUUUUAAGUCUAUAUUGUAUUUAUCAUCUAAAACUUUUAUGAUUUUCAACUAAAAAUGGAUUAUAAGGAAGAACAAAAGAACGAAUUUGAGGCUUUAGAAUCGAUUUAUUAUGGCGAAGUGACCGUACUUUCAUCUGAACCUUACUACAAAUUUUCAAUUCCGAUUAAAACGGAAGCCUUCGAAUCGGAAUCUGAUGGUGGCCUAAGUUGUAGUUUAGUAUUUACUUAUACGGCAAAAUAUCCAGAAGAAGCUCCGAUAAUAGAACUUGAUGAAGGUGAAAAUAUUUCGCAGGAAUACGAACGAAAACUAUUAGAUUACCUACAAACGCAGAUUGAAGAAAAUCUUGGUAUGGUUAUGAUCUUUACGUUAGUUUCUUCAGCUCAAGAAUGGCUUAAUGUUAAAUGGGAUGAUAUUAAAAAAGCUAGAGAUGAAGAAGCUCAAAAAAGACUGAAACAAGAAGAAGAAGAAGAAUUAAAACGAUUUGAAGGUACAAGAGUAACAGUUGAAUCUUUCUUGAAUUGGAAGACGAAAUUUUACGAAGAUAUGGGUUACCUUAAGAAAAAAGAAAUAUCUGAUAAAGAAGCUAAAAAAUUAACAGGAAGAGAACUGUUCUUAAGAGAUAAAACAAUGAAUGAAUCCGAUCUUAAAUUCUUAGAUGAAGGUGAUGCAGUUAAAGUAGAUGAGUCUCUAUUUCAAGAUUUGGAUGAUUUGGAUCUUGAUGAUGAGGAUGAUGAAGAUUAUAGACCGGGGGAUAACUUUGGUGACUCAGAUGAUAGCAUGGAUUAAAAGAUGUGAAGAGAUACAAUGAAUUUAGGGGGAAGUUUGUUGUAUUAUAAUUGCGCUUAUAUUGAAAGCGUUGCAUUUUUUGCUAAUUCUACAUUUGAUGAAGAUCGUUGAUUUUUCUUUUUUUUCUAUAAAUAAAUGCGUUUUUAAUUAAAA